GCGGGGCGAGUGACGUCAGAGGCCAUAUGACCGACCGGGGCUGUCGCCUGUUUCCCUAGCGCGGUGCUGCGCCACCGCCCCCCGCUUUUUCCUGCCCUUCUGCCGCCGCUUCGCGCCUCCUGCCCUGCCAUGGCGCGGGCGCUGCUCGCGGCCGUCCUGCUCGGCUUUUUACAGGCUUCCUCUUCAUUUGAUGUGAGAGAUUCAACAGGCAAAGUCUGCAUAAUUGCUAACCUGACAGUAGCCUUCUCAGUGGAAUACAAAAGCAAUGGGCAAAAGCAGUUUGCACACUUCUUUCUUCCUCAAAAUGCCACAUCACAGUCACACAGCUCGUGUGGUGAAGGUAACACAUCUCAUCCAAUUCUAGCAUUGAGUUUUGGAGCAGGACACUUGAUAAGUCUGAAUUUCUCAAAAACUCUGGAUAAGUACCAAGUUGAAGAGCUGACUUUCCACUACAAUCUGUCUGAUGAAACUUUAUUCCCUAAUGCAUCCGAAGGAAAAGUGAUGGAAGCGACACAAAAAUCUGUUAUUCAGGCCCGUAUUGGCACAGAAUACAGAUGCAUCAACUCCAAGUACAUCCAUAUGAGGCAUGUGAACGUUACUUUCAGCAAUGUUACUUUGGAAGCCUAUCCCACAAAUGGCACUUUCAGUACAAACAAGACAGAAUGUAGUGAAGAUAUGGUCUCUACUACCACUGUAGCACCAACAACUCCAAAACACACUACUAGCCAGGUUCCAACAACUAGCCCAGCACCAACUGCAGCACCCUCAAAUCCUGCCGUUGGCAAAUACAAUGUGACUGAUCCAAAUGGAACAUGUGUCCUUGCCUCCAUGGGGUUACAGCUUAACAUCACCUAUCUAAAAAAAGAUGAAAAGGUGGGGUUGGAUCUGCUGAAUUUUGUACCACAUAAUACAAAUGCUUCUGGAACAUGUGAGAAUACAUCUGCCUUCUUGAAUCUGGCUUUUGAGAAAACAAAGAUCACCUUCCACUUUGUAUUGAAUGCAAGUAGUGAGAAAUUCUUCCUGCAAGGUGUGAAUGUCAGCACAACUCUGCCUUCUGAAGCAAAAGCUCCAGUGUUUGAAGCAUCAAAUGACAGCAUGAGUGAACUGAGAGCUACGGUGGGGAAUUCCUACAAAUGCAGUGCAGAGGAGAAUCUCCAGGUCACAGACAAAGCCCUUGUCAAUGUAUUUAAUGUUCAGGUCCAGGCUUUCAAGGUGGAUGGAGACAAGUUUGGGGCAGUGGAAGAAUGUCAGCUGGAUGAAAACAACAUGCUGAUCCCUAUAAUAGUUGGUGCAGCCCUUGCUGGUCUGGUUCUAAUUGUCCUGAUUGCUUACUUGAUUGGUAGAAAGAGGAGCCACGCUGGGUACCAAACAAUUUAAUGACUUGCACUAAAUUCCAGUGUAGGUGAAAAGCAAUUGCAAGAAGCUGGAAAAAAAAAAAAAACACCCCUAUCUCUCCCCGAGCUAAGAUCGAUAUCGUAAGGGAACACCUUUUCUUGCAAAAUGCUUCUAAAAGUCUGCUUUAUUAAAUGUGAAAUCAUCUUGCAGCAUUUAACUAUGCACAAAAAUAACUUCUGAAAAUUCUGGUGUUUAAUUUUGCUAACUAGUUGAAAUAUUUACCCACUUAGAAACAAGCUAAAAGUUUUUGGUUUUUUUUUUUAAAGGAUGAUUUUUUUUUAAUUGGAGGGUAAAGUCAGCAUAAAGAUGCUGGAGAGAGAUGUCACUAAUCUACAUUGACUCAAUUUCAGAGCUCUUAACAAAGGGAAAACAUUCACGAUUGGCACUGCUGCCAUCCAGUGAUGAUAACAAUACUGAUGGUGCAUUGACAGAGAGUCAGUAACAACUGACAAAAUUGAAAUUGAUCUAAACCCCACCUCAUCUCUAGGGUGUGUAUUUUGUAUUACUAAGCUUUAAACACGAUGCCUGGCAUAUGCAGGGUGUGAACAACGCAAUACUCAAACCUUACAGGAACUCUAUACGAUUGGACAGCUCCCCUGUUUGAUAUUUUUGAUGCUCUGCCAGCUUGUUAGGAGCUGGUACUUUUUUAAAAUGGGUGUUAUUUUUAUUUACAUUUUUUUGUAAAGUGAUUUCAGUCUCUUCUGUUGGAAGGUCCAGAGAGAUCCUGUUACUGCACAUGUGUACAAUAUAGGUCUCAAUCUGCUGAUUCUCUUGCUUUAAACUUGGCUGGGGGGUUGUACACUUUAAGGAUCAGUUCUUAUGUAUGCAUUGCCUGUAACAAUGCUAAUAAAGACACUUUUUUUCUGUA